AUGGCGGACGCGAGAGAGAUGAGAGAAGACGAGCUGCGAGCCAGACUGGAGGAGCUGGUCGCUGAGCUGAGGGUCAGGAGCUACCCGAGAAUGGGCGCUGCAUGGGGAGGAGAGAACAUGGAGCGAGGGAGGAGCAAGAACCCUUGGGCGAAAGCGGAAAGAGGGAUCAAGAUGGCGGAGCUGGGAGACAGACAGACUGCUCCGCAGGCUGAGGGGCACUGCGCCAUCGUCAUCGAGAGAGAAGGAGAUUCUUCGGCCGCCGCAAGGACGUCAUCGGCCACAGAGAUAGGAGGAGCGCAAGUGCGCGUCAAGGAGGAGGCAGCGUCACCAUCGGACACGCCCGCCCUGCAGCAGAAUGUCAACAAGGGGGUUUAUUACAGCCGUUUGCAGUACAACGGUAAGGCCGAUUGGCGAGACUUUGUAAAGCAGUUUGAAAUGAUGGCAAUGGUAAACAACUGGACAGACAGAGAGAAAGCCAGUAAUUUAAUUGCUUGUUUAGAAGAAGAGGCUUUACAUUGUUUAACCACCGUCGAUCUAAAUGGCUGUAGUAGCUAUGGGACAUUGGUUGCUGAACUGAGCGUGUGUCUGACAAGAGAGCGUGACGUUAAGCCCCGACAUGGGCCCCGUGCCGAUCACGGGAGAGAGAAUAUGCGGUGUGGGGGGAACAUGUUGCCAGGGGCGAGCCGGCAGCCAGUGAAAGCAGGCCGAUAUGACGGUAGAUCGCCGUGGGAGGCGUACCACGUCAAAUUCAGGAUGGCAGCGCUCACUAAUGACUGGGGGCCGACGGAGAAAGCAGGACAGUUGGCGGCUGCAUUAGAGGGAGAAGCGCUGCAGGUUCUGCUGGACUUGGGCCCAGACGAGGUGGCCCAAUACGAGGUGUUAACCGCAGCUCUCGAACGCCGUUUUGGGAGAGUGGAGCCCGCAGUCGGGUUGCGCCUGCAGCUGGCCAACCGCACUAGAGCUCCCGGAGAGAAACUGGGCGUACUGGCUGCUGAUGUCCGGUACCUGGCCCGGAGGGGGUACCCAAUGUUCCCGCCAGCCACCCAGGAGGACCUGGCUGUCGAGGCCUUUGUUCGCGGACUGACCCCGACCGCUCUACGUCAGCAGGUCCGGUUUGCUGCCCCAACCUCCCUAGAGCUUGCCGUGGCUCACGCCGAACGAGUCGAGGCGGUGCUCGAGGAGGGGGAGCGGGACCAUGCCCCUGGGAGCGAGAGUGACCCCCCCACAGCUGUGCUGGGGCUGUGGACAGCCUGGCCACCUACGGCGCCACUGCCCAGCAGCAGCUGCUGCACCACCACCACACCUGACACAGCAACCGCAGGGAAACGCCAAGGGGCCCGCAUAGACGGGACGACGCGUGCCCCCAGUCCAGUCCCAUUAAUCGCGGACCACCCAGCUGCAGCGGCCGUCACCAGUACUAACCCGUGUAGCCGACAGAGCAGGGCGUCACCCCUCACGGAAACAGCCGACCACAGACAGUGCCAGCCAGCUAUAGCGGUAGGAAGGACCACUGCCGGGGACUUCUGCCAUGUCCCCGUCCGCAUUGAGGGGGUCCCGUGCACUGCUCUCGUGGACACUGGCUCCACGGUGACUCUCAUCCGCCCCGAUGUGCUCCCUGCAGGGGUCCGGCUGGAGCCCACCACCGUGCAGUUGCGCACUGUGACUGGAGAGCUAGCCCCCAUGCAAGGAAAGGGCAACCUUGCUAUUGAAGUGGCUGGACGGACAGUACACCACCCUGUCUGGGUAGCAGCUGUACAGGACCCCUGCAUACUGGGCCUGGACUUCCUGCGCUACACAGGCGGACAGCUAAACCUCCGGACCGGGACACUGCACAUACAGGGGAGCCCGGCUUUAGCUUUAGCCUCACCCCUUGGACCGCUGGGUCGGAGUCGGGACCCCUUCGCACGACAGUUUCGGGAUCUGCCGAGGACACAACGUACCGCCGCCAUGAGACGGGAGACCUCAGCACACCCCCGGGCUCCAUCAUGCGCCAGUCUCAUCAGGGACAAUACAGCGUCUCGACGGCCCCCACUCCGGAAGGAGCUACUGCUUGCACAGCCGCCUUCAGGUGCCAGCGCUCGCCAGCCAACAUGGCCACCCUCAGGCCGCAACGCUCGCCAGCCAACACGGCCACUCUCAGGCCGCAACGCUCGCCAGCCAACACGCCCACCCUCAGGCCGCAAUGCUCGCCAGCAUGUACAGCCGCCCUCCUGCAGUUCUAGCGUGGCCCAGGGGAAUGCAGCUCUCCCCCAGGCAGCCCCGCCACCCUGCCCGGCGCCGCCAACCGCUACCCAAGGGCUGCGGGAGGAUACCGCCAUGCCACGCCCUACUGUCAGGAGUAAUUCAGCGUCCCCAGCAAUCUCCCCUCCGCCACCAGUCUCCCCUGAAGACCCAGCUCUCAGCGCAGUGCAUGCAGUUUGGCUCAGGAGCUGCGAAGGGCUUUGCACAGAAGAGCGUCGCCAGCUGUGGGAACUGGUGUAUGAGUAUCGCCACAGUUUCACUACCGCCUCGGAUGACGUGGGGCGGACACACCUGGUGCAGCACCAGAUCGAGACGGGAGCCGCCCGCCCCAUUAAGCAGCGCCCUCGCCGCCAACCACUCGCCCUCCAGGAAGCCACAGAGCAGGUGCUGGAGGAGAUGAAGGCAGCGGGGAUCAUUGAGCCGUCCGACAGCCCCUGGACCUCGCCGGUAGUCAUGGUGCGGAAGAAGGACGGCAAGUGGCGCUUCUGCGUCGAUUACCGGCGAGUGAACGAUGUGACGGAGAAGGACUCCUACCCCCUUCCCCGCAUCGAUGAGUCCCUGGACUUGGUGGCCGGCUCUAGAUGGUUCUCUUCGCUGGACCUCCGCAGCGGCUACUGGCAGGUUGCGCUGGAUCCCUCUGCACGGCCGAAGACUGCCUUCUCCACUGGACGGGGUCUGUGGCAGUUUACUGUGAUGCCGUUCGGACUUUGCAACGCCCCCGCAACGUUCGAGCGGCUCAUGGAAAAGGUGCUGGCCGGAGUACCCCCCUCGGAGUGCCUGGUCUACCUGGAUGACCUGCUAGUCCACGGAGGGACCUUCCAGGACGCCCUGGCCUCCCUGCAUGAGGUGCUCCGGCGAGUGAGGAAAGCGGGGCUAAAACUGCACUCUGAAAAGUGCCAGCUGAUGCGCCAGGAGGUCUCGUUCCUCGGGCACCGAGUGGGAGCAGAGGGGAUCCAGACAGAGGUGGACAAGGUCACCGCAGUGAGGGACUGGCCUAUUCCCGUCAACCCCCGGCAGGUUAGAAGCUUCCUAGGGCUUGCGUCCUACUACCGCAGGUUUGUGCAGGGCUUUGCCACCAUCGCUGCCCCCCUGCACCGCCUCCUGAGGAAAGACGAGCCCUUUGAGUGGACCCCGGCGUGCCAGGAGGCGUUCGCCUCCCUGCAACAUGCGCUGUGCCAGUCCCCGGUGCUGGCUCCCCCGGAUGUCCGUUCUCCCUUCCUGCUGGACACGGAUGCAAGCAACGAGGGGAUCGGGGCUGUCUUAUCCCAGCCGGGUCCAGAAGGGGAGCAUGUGGUGGCGUAUUUUAGCCGGUCGCUCAGCAAGGCAGAGCGCCGGUAUUGCGUCACCCGACGGGAGCUGCUUGCGGUGGUGGAGGGGGUCCGCCACUUCCGCCACUAUCUCUGCGGGCUCCCCUUCACCAUUCGCACAGACCACGCUGCCCUGCAGUGGCUCCUGACGUUCCGGGAGCCGGAGGGACAGGUCGCCCGUUGGAUCGAGCAGCUCCAGGCGUUUCAGUACCGGAUCCAACACCGGGCUGGUGAGAAGCACGCCAAUGCGGACGCGCUGUCCCGUCGUCCCUGUGCCCGGGAGGGAUGCGCCCAUUGCAGCAGAAAGGAGGAGAGGGAAGCAGAGCUGUCCCGCCGGGGGGAAGAGCAAUGCCGGGUGGCAGUAUCGGCUGAGAGGGUGGACUGGAGAGCCCAUCAGGACCGAGACCCGGACCUCCGCCCCAUACUACAUUGGCUAGAGGAGCAGCGAAGGCCUCCCUGGGAGGAGGUGGCCCCUUUUUCCACCGCCACUCGGGGGCUGUGGGCUCAGUGGAGCGGGUUGGCCUUGCGUGACAGAGUCCUUCAGCGGCAGUGGAAGGUGCCCGCCACGGGGGAGGUGAGGUGGCAGGUGGUUGUCCCGGGGGCGAUGCGCCAGGAGGUGCUAGAGGCCCAUCAUGGGACCCCAGGCACUGGUCAUUUUGGAGUGACGAAGACCCUGAGGCGGCUCCGCCAGUCGUUCUACUGGGGGCAGUGCAGGCGAGACGUGGAGGACCACUGCCGACGCUGUGACAUCUGCACUGCCCGGAAAGGACCCCAGGGCCGGUCGCACGCCCCACUCCAGCAGUACCAGGUCGGGGGGCCUAUGGAGAGGGUUGCCGUGGACGUACUAGGCCCCUUUCCACGCUCCGAGAGGGGGAACCGGUUCGUUCUGGUGGCCCUCGAUUACUUCACUAAGUGGCCAGAGGCGUACGCUUUGCCAGACCAGGAGGCAGAGACGGUCGCUGAAGCACUGCUGGAGGGGUUCUUCAGCCGGUUCGGGGUCCCUCAAGAGUUGCAUUCCGACCAAGGGCGCAACUUUGAGUCCCGGGUCUUUGCCGGGAUGUGCCGGCGCCUGGGCAUCAAGAAGACGCGGACCACCCCUCUGCACCCUCAGAGCGACGGACUGGUGGAGAGGUUCAACCGCACGCUGGCCGUACAGCUGGCUGUCACCACCGCCACCCACCAGCGGGACUGGGACACCCACCUGCCUGUCGUGCUGUUGGCCUGCCGCUCUGCUGUCCAGGAUUCCACCGCCUGCACCCCUGCCCUGCUCAUGCUGGGGCGUGAGCUGCGCACUCCUGCGGAGCUAGCUUUUGGUCGUCCCCCAGAUGCCCCCAGUGUACCCCCGGGCCCUGAGUAUGCCAGGAGACUACAGGACCGACUGGAAUCAGCCCACAGCUUCGCCAGGGACCAGUUGCAGGCCGCUGGGGUACGGCAGAAGCGGAACUAUGACCUCCGAGUACGGGGGCGCCACUUCACCGCCGGGGAGCUCGUGUGGGUCUUCAGCCCCAAGAGACAGCGGGGCCGUUGCCCCAAAUUGGACAGCCACUGGCUUGGUCCUUGCCAUGUCCUGGAGAGGAUCGGGGACGUGGCCUACCGGGUGCAGCUACCUCACAGAGGACGAAAGGUAGUGCUGCACCGGGAUCGGCUGGCCCCCUACCUGGGACAACACCCAGCACCAUCCGACCCAGCAGCUCCUGACAGUCCUCUCCUGCCCCCUCCUGAUCCACCCCGCCCUAACAGUCCUCCCACCCCCAGGGCUGAGGGUUCCUCCCCCGACGGUUCAGUUUCCCUGUCCCCUGUGGCUGACAGGAGCCCGUCCUCCACGCAGGGCUCCCGCCCGCAAAGACAGCAUCGCCUCCCGGGUCGUUUUCGAGACUUUGUUCUUCCCUCGGGGACGAGGGACUAAGGGGGGGGCUGUGUAACGACCCUGGCGAUGGCAGCAUCCUGGACAUUGUGUUUGUCUUGUUUGUUACGUCCUGUUUAAGGUUCCAUGUAUUGUGAGGGUACGGGGCACGCCGUUGGUGUGUGUCUGCGUGAGUGCAUGCGUGUGUGUGCAGUGGGCGGUUCCCCCAGAGGCUAUAAGUAGGAGGGGGGGGAAGCCGCGAGCGGGAGAAUGCGUGUGAAUGUCUGACUGGAGAGCGAUUACGAGAGACAGAGUACCGGCUGAGAGACUGCUUGUCGGUGAGUCUGCGGUGUAAAAGAGAGAGAGAGACAGCUAUUUGUUAUUUUGGCGUGAACCCCGGCCCAAACAGGGUUUCGUUGUGUUAUUAAAGAAAUUAAAAAAAUAAAAGUACGUGGAACCUCAUCUGGUCUCU